AUUGCUUAGUAGUUAUUUAGUUGCGGCCACGAAAUGUUGCGCUUCAGAAACAAGUGAAAAUCGUAGAGAAUUAAUGAAAUUAAAUACUUAGUAAUUAUUAUGCACAUUCAGACCCACAAAGUGGCAUUUAGUGGUGGUGAAAUUGACGUCGAAGAAAUUUUUUUGUUUUUAACAUUUCGUUGUUUGCUUUUAGGCGUAUAAAGUGAGAAACUUUCUGCAAAUAAAAAAUAUGCAAAAAGCGAAAAAACACUUCCGCAAAUUUUUGUAUACAAAGUUUUUCGGUCAAUAUAUCAAAUAUUAGCACUCCUUAAAUGUGUAUAUACACUCAUACACACAUAUACAUAUGUCUGUAUGUAAGAGGCAUUUUGCUUUGUGUACACAACAUGAAGGAAGAACUAUGACAGUGUUUUGCUCAAAAAACGGCAACAAUUAUUAAACUUGAAUUCAUUGCAACAUUACUUGCAACAUCACCUGACCUAUCGGUGAAUAACGCUGCGGAGAAGUGGCGGUGGCAACUACCAGAAGAAAAAAAGUAAUAUAGAGCAAUUGUAGUAAACGGUGUGACUAAGGAUGCUUAUACUCGUGCAUAUAUACAGUUAUGAUGUUCAUAUAAGCGUAUGUUGCCAGUGUGCUCCCUUCCGUUUCCACUAAACGUCAAGCUGACACUGAAAUGGAAAGGAUCAUGACCCAAUUUUGAUAAGCACGAAAGAAAAGACAAACAAGUUGACAGUAAUAGGAAUAUAAAAAACAGCACCCAAAUGAUAUUUGGUGAGCUAAAAAUAAGAGAAGUAAGAAAAAAGUUGUCGGAAAGUGGCACAACAAAAGUGUAAAAUAAUAAUUACUAUGUAAACUUCAGAAACGGUAAAUUUAACUUACUCUUGUUAAUCUCCCACCAAAUGCCAAAAAGAAAAAAACAAAAACUAACGAAAUUAUAAAAGAAAAAUAGUUUAGUAAAAAUUUAUUUAAAUUAAUUGAAAAUUAACGGCGAAAAUUACUAAAAGUACAAAACACACUCGAAAAAACACAAAAACAAAAAUCAAAUUCAACCCUACAACGUCAAAGUCACCCUUUGGUGGAGCCGUGAAUCCUUUUUGAUUGUGCAACAAAGCCACUGUAAUGCAUAGAGUAAUUACAGUUUCGAAUCCAUACUAGUGCAGCUAAUUAUACAUAAGCCAACCGCAAUUAAAAGUAACAACAAUAACAAAAUGCUGUAGUGCAACUGCUCGCUUGUCACGCUAGCGGUUGGAAAAGCAGUCGAUCAAAUAAUAUUUGUUGCUCCUUCGAGUUGGUUCCGUUGCCGGUUUUAGCACGCAAGCUCGACUUAUUUAAACACACAAACAUCCAUUCACAUAUAAGUACAUAUAAAUAUAUAUAUAAUAUAUAUAUUGGUUAUACGCUUCCAAUUAUGCUGCCUUGGUGGUGUUAUUUGCUGAUUACUGGGCUAGUGCUCUAUGCCCUCUUCGAACUUCAUUACUUCCUGCGUAUGUGCCUUUGUGUGAUUCUGGCGCGCUUCGUCAAGCGAAAGUGCCAUAUUUUGGAGACGACCACAGUUGCUGGCCUCUGCCUCACCAAUGACAUCGAUUGGCUGCUCUAUCACAUGAACAAUGCGCGCUAUUUGCGAGAAUUGGAUUUUGCACGCGUGGAUUUCUACGAGCGCACAGAUUUGUAUCGCACCAUAAAACGGAAAGGUGGCUCAGUUUUUCAGGGGGCAGCUACCAUACGUUAUCGGCGAUUUAUCAGACCCUAUCACCGUUUUCACAUACAAUCGCGCAUCAUCUACUGGGACGAACAAUCCGUUUACAUGGAGCAUCGUUUCGUGCGACCCUCCGAUCAAUUCGUGCACGCCAUUGCAAUUUGCCGGCAGCGCAUCGUCGAUUGCUCAGCGGAGGAGGUGAUGAAUGACCUGCUGGCACCCAAAAGUAUGCAACUGCAAGCGUCGCACAACACGGUUAGCUCCACAGUGAGCCUGGACAAUAGUGCGGUGACCACAACAAAUCUGGAUGUGGCCGAGAAUGGGCAGACGCGCGUAAAGUUGAAACCCGAUGUGCCGCCGGAGAUACAAAAGUGGAUUGAAUACAAUGAUUUGUCAAGCAAAAAUUUACGCUCGAAUUGCUGAUAGUUGCGGAGUCGAAAUGCUGAGUGCUUUGCUUAUGAUUAUGAAUGUCUAAAUACUCGUAUAAAACCUUAUACAUACGUACAUACAUAUGUAACUGCACUUAUUAUAUAUCAAAGAUAUGCCUAGAAGAAAGAAUUAUUUAUUUUUUGAGCUCAUUGAAGUAUGAAAAGUCUUUAAGAAAAAUAUUUAAUUAAGUUUUUAGUUAAUCAAUUUUUUUAUAGUCGGAUUACAUAUGUACAUCUAUGAAGCGCUAAAGCGAAAGUGUAUGCCAAUCUUUAAAAUAACCUACCUUUACUACUCGUAUGUGUAAAUGUGUGUAAAAGAAUACAAGUAAAUUUGUAGAACAAUA